AGCGAUUCUAAGAACUGUUAGAACCAUUUAUGGUUCCAAAUAAAAGUUUAUAAAUACGGGACAAAGACAGGUUCCCCGAUCUCCGUUUUUAGGCCAGUGUAUACUGUGUAUUCGGUAAAUAAAUAAAUUACCUUCUUGUCCGGAUAUGCAAUUGGGUGUCGAAUUAUUUUAUGCCGUAGUUUACAUGGCCGAGCUGACACACGACGAAGCGAGCUCGAGCAGCAACUGCUGCUAUAUGCUACGUAGAGCGGAGCUCGCGGUACCCGGCCGGGGAUCGCUAGGGGGACCUGGCCAGCCGGUGCCGCUGCAAUGCAGUGUAUGGUGUAUGCAGAGCAGCGCAGGUACGGUACACAUUUGGUACCGUACGCACGUGUAUACCGGCGCGGCUUUUUGGAGCUAGCUAGCUGAAUCGAAUUGAUAAUCGGAGCUAGCUAGCUGCAGUCUCAGCCUCGGCUCAGCCUGCAUGACAUGAGCUGAUGUAAAAUGGAUCAAAUUCAGCGUGCAGAAAUCACCCUUCUUCAAAAUUUGCAAGAAACAUUUCCUGAUCAUGAGACGUUGAUAUUAGCCAUAUCUCGUUUUGGAGCUCCUAAAAAUGCAUUUCUUCUGUGUUUUCCAAUUGCAUUUUGUGUUUUCGGCGCCAGGUCUGGAUUGCAGAUUUUGUGGGUUGCUGUGAUAUCAGAAUGGUUGAAUGCUGUUUUGAAAUGGUUGAUGAUGGGACAGCGCCCCUAUUGGUGGGUUAUGGAGAGUCCUGUUUAUAUGGGUGAAGAGCGUCCUUUCCUGAAACAGUUUAAGAUAACAUGUGAAACAGGGCCAGGCUGUCCUUCAGGUCAUGCCAUGGUUACAACAGCUGUAUGGUUUGUCUUUGUGUCAUCUCUCAAUGAAAUGAUCCUGUCUGAAGUCAAGAAUUCUCGCAAUGCCAAGAUGGCAACAAGGAUCACAUGGACUCUGUAUGGCAUUGGUUCAGUGUUGGUUUGUGUUUCUAGAGUCUACACUGCGACUCAUUUCCCUCAUCAAGUCAUCCUGGGAAGUGUAACUGGAGUGUUACUGGCAUCAGUAAUCAGACAGUACCCUGUGGAAAACUAUGGUUUUGGGUCGUACUUCCUGCUGGGAUUAUUCUUCUUAGUGUCAAUCUUUAUAGAAUAUUACCUGAUAAGUCUCGUCGGUCUUGAUCCAGCCUGGUCUUUUAAACUUGCCUUGAAAAGGUGUGUUUAUCGGGAAUGGGUCCACAUGGACACCACACUCUUCUAUGCCAUUUCCAGGGACGUUGGUGCUUUCGUCUUUGCAGGAAUGAUCUGCAGUUGCUUGACAGUAAACUAUGAGCGCACGAGGGGGCAGUAUGUGAUGAAAAUGACUGCAACUCUUUUGACUAUAGCUGCUGCGUUGGUCAUAGAUACCAUGUAUGUUCCUAGAAGAUAUAUUGCAUUGUUUUACAUAUUAGGUGCAUUCAAAUCUGGAUUAGUGUCGGUCAGUACUGUAGCACUCAACCAAAUUGUAUCCAGUUUCAGUCGUCAGAACCCGAACUUAUGACAGCUACAAGAUUCUAAAGAAGCAUUUUUGCCUUUGUAAAUCAAAAUGAAAAACUUGGUACAUUGUAAUAUUAAGUGAAAUUUAAUCUUUUCCAUGUGUUUUUAUAUGCCCGUCCUAAAAGGGACGUAUUAUGGUAUCAUGCUCGGUGUCCAUCCGUCUGUCUGUCCGUUAACUUUUCCUUGUAAAUGCGAUAACUUCAGCUUGACUUAACCUAGGCUCAUAUAAUUUAGUGUGUAUGAU